CCAGGCCAGUGACCCGCCACUGGACAUGGCCUUCCUAGCCCGGUGCUUUGGGGGCCAGGCCUGCAGGUCGGUGAUCCUGUUGAGUGGCAGGUAUCUCCAGUCCAGGGUCUGGAUGGGACUCCCGGAUGCCUGGUCCCUCUCCCUGCAGCAGGUCCGAGGCCGCACACGCGGAAACGAGUAUCAGCCGAGCAACAUCAAGCGCAAGCACAAGCACGGCUGGGUCCGCCGGCUGAGCACGCCUGCUGGCGUGCAGGUCAUCCUCCGCCGCAUGCUGAAGGGCCGCAAGUCCCUGAGCCACUGAGGAGCGCCAUGCCGCUGUAAAUAGACUCAGACGCUGGUCGAGUUGCCCGAGGGCGAGAAGUUGGGGCAAGUUGAAAGUGGGGACCUGUCCUUUCGUAGGUUUUUAGACGAAUCCCCGUUCCUCUGCUCACCGACCACCAGCACCUGCGAUAUCUCGUCCGUUUUUGUAAAUAUAUUUGAAGGUAUCUUUGCAAGACAGGCUCAUCCACCCCAACGUUUCCAGCCAUUCCAAAGUAUUACCGACUUGCUAAUAAAUAUUCACGUUUCUUGGA